AUGGAACCUAAAGUUAAUAAUGUUCGAGCUGAGGAUCCUCAAGCUGAAGAAGUAGAAUUAUUAAAGAAAUUCAAAGACCAAAAAGAUGCAUACAACACUUUAUAUUGGAGAUCCAUUUUUCUUAAUGCUCUGUUAAUAAUUUUUAUUUGUUUUCUAUUCGAUACACAGCCUAUCUUUAAUUUGUUUAAAAAUUUAAAAAAUUACGACUGUGUAAUAGAUGUAGAUAGUGUACUAUCACUUCAAGAAACAAAUGGUUGGCCAGUCAUUAUUAAUAAUCCAGAUAUAUUGGCUCCAAACCAAUCAAGUAUUUGUGCUGUCACAGGUGGUUUCAAUAGUGGUAAAACUUAUCUAAUUUCUAGAUUAGAAGGAAUCAAUCUGCCAGAGGGUAGUGGAAUCGAUACUGUAACUCCAGCUUUUGCUUUUGUAAAGUCUAAGGAAUCAUCAAACAACAUCCUCAAAAUCUUACUUGAUACUCAGGGUUAUCAUAGACCGAUUUCCAGUAGUCUCAAAGCUAACCCGAAGUUUGCCAACAUUACAGAGAGAAUCAUUACAGAUCGAUAUAUUGCUGAGACUACCAAGUUGGUAUCCAAUCAGUUUAUUUAUGUUUUCGAUCAACUAUCUAUCCAAGAUAUCUUUACCAUUUCGAAAUUGGAACAGGAAACCACCAAAAUGAACAGAGUUUUAAUUGUCAUCAACUAUCAGAAGUUCACUGAUCCUCAAAAGUUGAUAAACCAAUUUAAUUCAGACAUGAAAUCAUUCAAAAGUGCAACUAAUGAUUGUGAUAUUCCAAACAAUUAUCUUUCAUAUUUCUUGGAUCAGAAUUAUAUUAGAAUACUUGCUCUUGGAAGAGAAGGAUCCAAUGCUGGAAAGUUCAAUGCAGCCACCUUUAAAUAUAUAAAGAGUACCUUUCUAUUUAAAGGAGUCAUCAACCAAAAAAAAAUCAUGGAAUCAUUUAUCGAUGUUGGUCAAACGGUUAUGAAGAGAUACUUUGGUAUUCCAUCUGAGAAUCUUUAUAAUACCAAACCAAUUAUCACAAGAGUAUUUGAUUACAAUUUGGAAGAAAAAGAGGAAAACCAAAAGGAUUCAUUUAAGUUGGUCUAUACUCAAGCAACUUCAGAAAACAAUGGUUCAAUUGUUUUACCAAAAACAGAAUCGUCUAUUGUAAUGGUCCCUUUGGAUUAUGUAGUUGGUGAACAUGCUCUUCACUAUGACCUUGUGAAUCAAGAAUCUUCCUACAAACUGAUUGUUCAUCUGCCAGGACAGAAGGAGGUCACCAUUAAAUGUAAGGAUACAACAGUUACAAUCAUUGGAAAAGCUAUUGAUGCCGAGUAUGGAGAAAAUCAAAUAAUCAAUCAGUACAAUCGUAUCCUUCAUGCAAACUUUGCUAAGAGAAUUAACAUCGAUAACAUGCAUUGUUUGAAACUAGUACCUGAUGGUAUUGGAAAUUAUGAUGUUGUCAAUGGAGUUUUGACCCUUGAAAUUCCCAAAGCUCCACUUUAA